UCAUGGAUUAAUUCAAUAGGUGUUUACUGAGCACCUAAUGUGUGCCAGGCACAGUUAGGAGCUGGAGAACAGCACAAAUGAAAAUGCCUGUCCUUGUGGAGCCUGCGUGCUAGUGAGGUUGAUGCGGACGGACCAGGGCCUUCUCGGGGGAGGGGGGGAAGCCCCUCUGGGUAAUGAGGAGGAACCCUGCUCUCCCCCCCAAUAGGCCUCGGGAUGUCUCUGGCAGACGAGCUCCUGGCCGACCUCGAGGAGGCGGCGGAAGAGGAGGAAGGAGGAAGUUAUGGGGAGGAGGAAGAGGAGCCGGCGAUCGAGGAUGUGCAGGAGGAGACACAGCUGGAUCUUUCUGGGGAUUCGGUCAAGAGCAUCGCCAAGCUGUGGGACAGCAAGAUGUUUGCUGAGAUCAUGAUGAAGAUUGAGGAGUAUAUCAGCAAGCAAGCCAAAGCUUCGGAAGUGAUGGGACCAGUGGAGGCAGCCCCCGAAUACCGGGUCAUCGUGGACGCCAACAACCUGACCGUGGAGAUUGAGAACGAGCUGAACAUCAUCCAUAAGUUCAUCCGGGAUAAGUACUCGAAGCGGUUCCCUGAGCUGGAGUCACUGGUCCCCAAUGCGCUGGACUACAUCCGCACAGUCAAGGAGCUGGGCAACAGCCUGGACAAGUGCAAGAACAACGAGAACCUACAGCAGAUCCUGACCAAUGCCACCAUCAUGGUCGUCAGCGUGACUGCCUCCACCACCCAGGGGCAGCAGCUGUCAGAGGAGGAGCUGGAGCGGCUGGAGGAGGCCUGCGACAUGGCGCUGGAGCUGAGCGCCUCCAAACACCGCAUUUACGAGUACGUGGAGUCCCGCAUGUCCUUCAUUGCGCCCAACCUCUCCAUCAUCAUCGGGGCAUCCACAGCCGCCAAGAUCAUGGGGGUGGCUGGUGGCCUGACCAACCUCUCCAAGAUGCCCGCCUGCAACAUCAUGCUGCUGGGGGCCCAGCGCAAAACGCUGUCCGGCUUCUCCUCCACCUCCGUGCUGCCCCACACUGGCUACAUCUACCACAGCGACAUUGUGCAGUCCCUACCCCCGGAUCUGCGGCGGAAGGCGGCCCGCCUAGUGGCCGCCAAGUGCACGCUGGCAGCCCGCGUGGACAGUUUCCACGAAAGCACGGAGGGGAAGGUGGGCUACGAGCUGAAGGAUGAGAUCGAGCGGAAGUUUGACAAAUGGCAGGAGCCACCCCCUGUGAAGCAGGUGAAGCCGCUGCCUGCGCCUCUGGAUGGGCAGCGCAAGAAGCGAGGUGGCCGCAGGUACCGAAAGAUGAAGGAGCGGCUGGGGCUGACGGAGAUCCGGAAGCAGGCCAACCGCAUGAGCUUCGGAGAGAUAGAGGAGGACGCCUACCAGGAGGACCUGGGCUUCAGCCUGGGCCACCUGGGCAAGUCGGGCAGUGGGCGUGUGCGGCAGACGCAGGUGAAUGAGGCCACUAAAGCCAGGAUCUCCAAGACGCUGCAGCGGACCCUGCAGAAGCAGAGUGUGGUGUAUGGCGGGAAGUCCACCAUCCGUGAUCGCUCCUCGGGGACCGCCUCCAGUGUGGCCUUCACCCCGCUCCAGGGCCUGGAGAUUGUGAACCCACAGGCAGCCGAAAAGAAGGUGGCUGAGGCCAACCAGAAGUACUUCUCCAGCAUGGCCGAGUUCCUCAAGGUCAAGGGCGAGAAAAAUGGCAUCGUGUCCACCUGAGGGCGCCCUGGGUGGCCACCCACUGCAGGGACACAGAGGCCACAUGGGUCAGAAGGGGUCGGGGCUGGAGGCUCCGGCAGGGAGAGCCACGCCGCCAUCGGCCGGUGCCCAGACUGUCCAGGGAGGCUCGGAGGGCCCCCCAGCACCGAGAUCGCCGCCCCAUUAGGGGGCAGAGCCUGUCUUCACCACACCUCAUCUUUUUUAACUGGGAAAGGAGAUACUUUUGGAAAAAGUUUGAUUAAAAGCACAUUGUCAGGACCUGUC